AUGAGUGACGCCUAUGAACGCGAGCAGCAGAACAAUGCGCUUCUUAGCGGUCUUUCAUCAAAAGUCUCCGCUCUCCGAUCUGUGACAAUCGAUAUCCAUGACAAUGCGCGGGAUCAAGGUACUAUCGACCACACGAGCGAAGUCUUCUCUUCCUUCUCGACGAACCUCAAAGGUAGCGCCUCCCGCUUGACUCGAAUGGCAAAGCAAGGCGAUACAGUCGCAGUGCUGAAGGUCGCUGGUAUCUGUAUUGCCGCUGGACUGCUCAUUUACAUCAUUCUUGGCUGGAUCUUUUGA